AGAGUCGCAGGAGGGUCUCUGGAGUUUCUCUUCCACCGCCACUGAACCACACUCCAGUUGUUGUUGGUUGUUUUUUUUUUUUUUUCCAUCUGCCUCUGCAGUUCUUUCCUCCUCCUGAGGUGUUUCUCGAGCGACAACUAGCAAGACGGAGCCGAACGAGGACGACGGACAACGACCCUCCCUCACCUCUGCAAUCAUGAUGUCGAUGAACAGCAAACAGCCUUUCAGUAUGCACCCGAUCCUGCACGAGCCCAAAUACACGCCGCUGCACUCCAGCUCCGAGGCCAUCCGGAGGGCCUGCCUGCCCACCCCGUCGCUGCAGGGGAACAUCUUCGCCGGCUUCGACGAGACGCUGCUGCAGCGGGCCGAGGCUCUGGCGGCGGUGGAACUCGGAGCCCAGAAGAGCCACCCGUUCAAGCCGGACGCCACCUACCACACCAUGACCACCAUGACCAGCAUGACCUGCACGCCCACCUCCUCCUCCGCGCACCUGCACCACCCCUCGGUGCUCACCUCGCACCAUCACCCGCACCACCAGCCGGCCCAGGGCCUGGAGGGCGACCUGCUGGACCACCUGACCCCGGGCAUCUCCCUGGGCGGGAUGCCCGGCUCCGACGUCUGCUCCACGGCCUCGCACACGGCGCACGCCGCCCACAUGUCCGCCAUCAACCACAUGCAGCACCACCACCACCCGCAGGCCAUGAACAUGCACCCGCACAGCCUCAGCUCGCACGGCUCCCUGGGGGCCGCCGCCGGCGCGGACUCGGAGCCGGACCCGCGGGAGCUGGAGUCGUUCGCGGAGCGCUUCAAGCAGCGACGGAUCAAACUCGGGGUCACGCAGGCGGACGUGGGCGCCGCGCUGGCCAACCUGAAGAUCCCGGGCGUGGGCUGCCUGAGCCAGAGCACCAUCUGCAGGUUCGAGUCCCUGACGCUGUCGCACAACAACAUGGUGGCGCUGAAGCCCAUCCUGGAGGCCUGGCUGGAGGAGGCGGAGCGCGCGCAGCGGGAGAAGAUGUCCAAGCCGGAGAUCUUCAACGGCGGCGACAAGAAGCGGAAACGCACGUCGAUCGCGGCGCCGGAGAAGCGCUCGCUGGAGGCCUACUUCGCCGUGCAGCCGCGGCCCUCCUCCGAGAAGAUCGCGGCCAUCGCCGAGAAGCUGGACCUUAAGAAGAACGUGGUCCGAGUUUGGUUUUGCAAUCAGCGGCAGAAGCAGAAACGGAUGAAGUUUUCUGCGACGCACUGAGGACCGACGAGGAGCGAAGGACUUUAUUGUGUUAAAGACAAAUCACAGACGCUGCUGCUGCUGCUGCUCGUCAGAGCUGAACCCCGACCAGUUCAAUCCCGCAACAUCAGCACUGAGUGACCCCUCGACCUCUGCUGACCCCCGGACAGCAAUAAUCUGAGCGUAACCCAGACCUUCUUGUCGAGCGACACUCACCAUCCAAGUUCGUCUAAAAGCGAAUCAGUAAAUAUAUAUAUUUUCUUAACUAUUUUAGGAGACCUUUAAAUAUAUGUUAAAACAUCGAGCAGUUCUCAACAUCCAGAAGACGCGCUCUGACGCGAGAAAUAUUUCAAGACUUCAGCCUGAAAUGAACCAAACAAAAUCCAAAAUCGUAAAAUAAUCGAUUCUCUACGAAAUAACGAACAUCAGAUUUGCAUAUUAUAUAAAAUAUGUGUAUAAAUUCCUAAAAGGAAAAUCCCCAGAAAGUCAUUUCAAUCUCAUCUCUUAAUCUGAAGCCUUUAAAAAUAAUUGAAAAGUGUUUUUAUUCAUAUUCAAUUUUGGUAUGGUGUUUUGGUGUCUAUCGAUUUGUAAUAACUGAAGUUUGGAAUCAUCUGACUCACUAUGACAAAUUCCAAAAAAAAUCAAAUCAUAAACUGAGAUUAUAAUCUAGUGAAAGAGUGAAAAGGAAAAAAAAAAAUCUCAGGUCCAAUGUGGAGACGUUCACAUGUACUGCAAUAGUAUAGAAGUAUUUGGGAUUACCAAAAGUGAGACUGCAGAAUAAUCCAGUCAUCUAACAGUGAAAUUACAAACUGUGGCAAACUUCCCUUUGAUUUAAUCUCACCCAGAUUAUUGCUGUUUGCGUACAUUUAUGGUAUCCCCAUAAUCUGUUCAGUAUUUUUCCAAACCGGGAAGGUCAUCUUGGAUUAUUCUCUCAAGAGAGGGUCAGCUUCUGCGUGUCGUCGGCGUUUCCCCAUCGUCCUGCCGGCGACCCUUGCUCGCCGGGACGGAGGAGCAGAGACUGAAAUGGCAAUUAUUGUACAGAAGAAGAAAAUACGGAGGAAUAAUACAGAUUAUUCUGUGUAGCUUUUUUAUAUUUAUCAUGUGUAAAUACCUGUGAAUAUGUCGCACCUCAUUCCACCGCUCAUCCAGGAGGUUGUUGGUUUCGUUCCGGUAGAAAAAGAAGCACAAGGAUUGCAUGGUUGAUAACAGGGAGAGAACAACCGCCGCCACCAAAGUGAAUGCAUCGCAAUAAGAGGAAAAACACACACGCGCACACACACACACACACAAGCACAGGAGCACGAACACACACAUUCACACAGUGUAGCUGUGUGUCUACCUCAUUACGCAAAGUGUUGGCACGUCCACGGUGAUGUAGAGUUUUGUUUCUGUUUCUCUGUCUUCCACUGGACUGACGUCGGAAUAGAAGUCACUCAAGUGUAAAUCUGUUGUGUGUUCACCGAGAUGAUGCUUCGACAAUCGAUUCUUGACAUUAGUUGUCCACCUUCAUGUUUGCGUUGAUGUCACGUGACCUUAUUUAUUCCACGACCUUUAUUUAUUCUUUCUUUUCCGUCGUGCCCCCGAGGCCGAGCCCUUUUGUACAUGAAGACACCGACACAUUUGUGAAUCGCACUUUGUAGAUAUUCCGAGCGAGGGAACUAGUUUGCCUUAUUUAUACUUUGGUCCGACACUCUGUUUGGCCGGCGAGAACAUGUUUUUGUUUGUCUUAUUUAUUUAUUUAAAAGAAGAGAAUCAUCUGUGACGGUGUGCUUUAACUGUGUCUGUGUAAACGACAGAAAUAAAC